AUGGGCUACACCGACGUCGACAAGCUGGCUAUCAACGCCAUCCGUCUUUUGGCGGUCGAUGCUACCUUCAAGUCGAAUUCGGGCCAUCCCGGUGCGCCUAUGGGAAUGGCACCGGUUGCCCACGUCCUCUUCAACAAGAUCAUGAGAUACAACCCUAAGAACUCGGCAUGGAUUAACAGGGAUAGAUUCGUCCUCUCCAACGGACACGCCUGCAUGCUUCAAUAUGCUCUCCUUCACAUUGCUGGAUACAAGAUCUCUAUGGACGAUAUCAAGGCUUUUAGAUCAAUUGACAGCAUCACACCUGGUCACCCAGAAGCCCACGACACCGACGGUGUUGAGGUCACCACUGGUCCUCUGGGACAAGGUUUCUCAAACGCUGUUGGAUUGGCCAUUGCUCAACACCACGCUGCUGGUGAGUUCAACAAGCCUGGAUUCGAGCUGAUCAACAACUACACAUACACAUUCUUGGGCGAUGGAUGCCACAUGGAGGGAGUAGCCAGUGAGGCAGCCUCGCUAGCAGGCCACUUGCAACUUGGUAACCUGAUUGCCAUUUACGAUGACAACCACAUCUCUAUCGAUGGUGAUACCAACUGUGCUUUCACUGAGGAUGUCGCUCUUCGAUUCAAGGCCUACGGCUGGCACGUUGAGGUCGUUGAGGACGGUGACAACGAUUUGGAAGGCAUUGAGGCAGCCAUCAAGAAGUGCCAGGCCGUCAAGGACAAGCCAUCUAUGAUUAAGCUCCGAACUACCAUUGGAUUCGGAUCUCUGUUGGAAGGUACCCAUGGUGUGCACGGCGCUCCUCUCAAGGUAGAUGAUAUCAAGCAGGUCAAGACCAAGUUUGGUUUCAACCCUGAGCAAUCUUUUGUCGUACCCCAAGAGGUUUAUGACAUGUACAACAAGCACGGUGCCGAGGGGGCUGCCGCUGAGAAGGAGUGGGAGCAACUUUUUGAGAAGUACGGUCAGCAAUACAAGUCCGAGGCUGCUGAUCUCAAGCGUCGUCUGACCGGCGAUCUCCCAGAAGGAUGGGAGAAGAACCUCCCAGUCUACUCUCCAUCUGAUGCUGCAGUUGCUUCGCGAAAGCUUUCUGAGAUUGUUCUUCAAAAGAUCCAUGCGGCAGUUCCAGAAUUGAUGGGAGGAUCUGCAGAUUUGACUGGCUCCAACUUGACAAGAUGGAAGGAGGCAGUUGACUUCCAGCCCCCUUCUCUCGGAAUCGGUGACUGGUCCGGACGCUACAUUAGAUAUGGUGUCCGUGAGCACGCCAUGGGUGCCAUCAUGAACGGCCUUGCCGCAUACGGUACAGUCAUUCCGUACGGUGGUACUUUCUUGAACUUCGUCUCCUACGCUGCUGGAGCCAUCCGUCUCUCUGCCCUGUCCCAAGUCCGUGCCAUCUGGGUCGCCACUCACGACUCUAUCGGUCUCGGUGAGGAUGGUCCUACCCAUCAACCUAUCGAGACUCUCACCCAUUUCCGUGCUCUGCCCAACUGCAUGGUCUGGCGCCCAGCCGACGGGAACGAGACCAGCGCCGCAUACUAUGUUGCCUUGACCUCAAAGCACACCCCAUCCAUCAUCGCCCUGUCCCGUCAAAACCUCCCUCAACUCGAGAACUCCACCAUCGGCCACGCCAUCAAGGGUGGUUACGCGGUCCACGAGGCCGAGAAGGCCGAUAUCACCUUGGUCUCCACCGGUUCGGAGGUCGGUAUCUGCGUUGACGCCGUCAAGUACUUGAAGGAGAAGCACAACUUGACUGCUCGCGUUGUCUCCAUUCCCUGCUUCGAGGUCUUCGAUGCUCAACCUAAGGAGUACAGACUCAGCAUCUUGCCAGAUGGCAUUCCAUCUCUUUCCGUCGAAGUUAUGUCCACGAUGGGAUGGGAAAAAUACACCCACGAGCAAUUUGGUCUCAACAGGUUCGGUGCCUCCGGUGCAUAUUUGGACGUCUACAAGAAGUUCGAGUUCACCCCCGAAGGCAUCAGCAAGCGUGCUGUUGCCACUGUCGAGUUCUGGAAGGACGUCCCUAACAUCCGCUCCCCCAUCAACCGCGCUUUUCAACAACUCAUCUAA